GCCCCAGGAGAAGCGGGACCCGCGCAGCUCUUCCGGGAGCCCCGCCGCGGCGGCCGAUACCGGCAGCCUCCGGCACCUCUCAGGGAGUCUUGGAAGUGAAGCCGGAGGCCUCACUCCCUUCUGGAUAAAGAGGGGAGGUUGUGGUUUAAUUUAGGUCACUCAGUAGACUCAGAGACAGCUGGAGAGACCGCCCUUUCUGGUCCUGAAAGCCCAGAUGCCCGUCCAGCCUCCAAGCAAAGACACAGAGGAGAUGGAAGCCGAGGGCGACUCAGCUGCUGAGAUGAAUGGGGAGGAGGAGGAGAGCGAGGAGGAACGGAGCGGCAGCCAGACCGAAUCCGAGGAGGAGAGCUCAGAGAUGGACGAUGAGGACUACGAGCGGCGCCGCAGCGAGUGUGUCAGUGAAAUGCUGGACCUGGAGAAGCAAUUUUCCGAGCUGAAGGAGAAGUUGUUCAGGGAACGGCUGAGUCAGCUGCGGGUGCGGCUGGAGGAGGUGGGAGCGGAGAGAGCACCCGAGUACACGGAGCCGCUCGGGGGGCUGCAGCGGAGCCUCAAGAUCCGCAUUCAGGUGGCAGGGAUCUACAAGGGCUUCUGUCUGGAUGUGAUCAGGAACAAGUAUGAGUGUGAGCUGCAGGGAGCCAAGCAGCACCUGGAGAGCGAGAAGCUGCUGCUCUACGACACCCUGCAGGGAGAGCUGCAGGAGCGCAUCCAGAGGCUGGAGGAGGACCGCCAGAGCCUGGACAUCAGCUCCGAGUGGUGGGAUGACAAACUGCACGCCAGAGGCAGCUCGAAGACCUGGGACUCCCUGCCACCCAGCAAGAGGAAGAAGGCGCCUCUGGUUUCUGGCCCUUACAUCGUGUACAUGCUGCAGGAGAUCGACAUCCUGGAGGACUGGACGGCUAUCAAAAAGGCAAGGGCGGCUGUGUCCCCUCAGAAGAGAAAAUCAGAUGGACCUUGACCCUGCUGUUCACAGCCAGGGGGCCCCUUGGAGCAGCUGGCAUCAAACCCAGGAUACGAAUUUUCCCGCUGCAGAAAAGCAGACUGCCAGGGCCUUCAGGUCUGCCAAGCUAGCUCUGGUGCUGCUGCUGGGCCCUCCUCUCCAGCCAUCACCGGUCUGGACUCUUCCUCUGACCCUCCUCGGGGGCCUGUACAGCUUCAGCCUGGAGCUGCCCUAGCCAGGCAAGACUGUCUCCCCUAUCCCCAACCAGCCCUCCCCCCCACUUCCCAAAGGUCAGCUUCCUCAGAGCCUUCCCUGACAGAGACCUGCCUGGUCUGAAGCCAAAGCAACAUCCUUUCUGCUGACCUUGGACCUGGCUCCCUAGUCACCGAGCCAGUGAGCUGGGCUCCGCUUUGCAGGAACUGUGAGCCAGAAAUUAUAUUUGGGGGGGCCUGUGUGUCCUGCCUGUUGUUGGAGGUGAGAAGGCAGGCUCCCCAGGUCUUCUCAAGAGGCCUUGGUGCCUGCCUCCCAGGUUUCAGAGAAUGGAAUUAAAGCUUUUCCUAGGGCA